AUGUCUCACUGUCACUGGAUAUAAACCACUACAUAGUAACUACUUAAUCUUUAAAUUCCCCAGCCUUCAUUCAUUCUCGUUGGGGUCCUUCUACUGUCGAGGGAUGAGCCGCAAAUGUGCAAAUGAAUUCCCCUCCUAGAACUCGAACAUUUUUGGGGUCUCCUAUUGUCCUUUCCAAGCAUCCGAUUGCUCCAUAUACUUACAUAAAUAUUCAUUGCGAAUUUAUAUAAAGGCCUGCUCAAGAUUCAAGGUAAUUACGCUUUCUGAACUGACCAGACCACCAUGACUCGGUCGCUUUUUCAACCCAUCCAGAUCGGGGCAGUUACGUUGCGUAAUCGAGUGCUGAUGUCCGCUCUAACUCGGAACCGUGCUCUUCCAACAAACGUACCGAACGAGCUCAUGGUGGAAUAUUAUAGACAGCGUGCUGAAAGUGCUGGACUGAUUGUGUCGGAGGGGAUCCUGAUUUGCCAGCAAGGAACGGAAUGGCCCCAUGCUCCCGGAAUUUGGAACCAACAACAGAUAAAUGGAUGGAAAAAGAUUACCGAUGCGAUACAUGAAGCUGGAAGUCAAUGUUUUGCACAGAUCUGGCAUCUAGGAAGAGCCAACCAUCCCGAUGCUCCCGAACAAAUUGCUUCGGGACAGCCGGUAUAUGCCCCUUCAGCGAUACCCGCUCGGGGUGGGAAGUUCAGGUUUCUACCUGGUGUUCCAGGAUAUGUGACGCCCACCGAGAUUGACAAUCCCAUGAGACUAGUUGCUCUUUACAAACAAGCUGCUAUUAACGCCAAGGAAGCAGGAUUCGACGGGAUAGAAGUACAUGGAGCAGGAGGCUAUCUCAUCCACCAGUUCCUCGAUAGCGGAUCAAAUAUCCGCACAGACAGUUGGGGUGGGUCUUUUGAGAAUCGCUCGCGGUUCGGGUUGGAAGUACUUAGAGUUGUUAUUGACGUUUGGGGGGCCGAUCGAGUGGGUAUCAAGCUCGAUCCAACUGGAGGGUAUAAUGAUAUGGGGAUGCCCCUCGAAGAAACAUUAGAAACAUACAACUACUUUAUCACUCAAGUCGACCAGCUCGGGCUUGCAUACAUCGCCAUACAGCGAUAUUUAGAGUUUGACGAUCCGAUUAUCGAAGGUAAACGCCGUGCAGUUCAGCAUGAUGUAGUAGCUGCCUAUGGCCACCUCAUCAAGAAAAGCACAUUCCUUUCGAACGGCAAUUUCACACCAGAAGAAGCUGCUCAAUAUGUUUCUGAAGGAAAAAUAUCCGGCGUAUUCUGGGGACGUUUAUGGGUAUCUCAUCCCGACUUGGCGAAACGCAUUCGAUAUGGAAAACCUGUGGAUACACCUGUUGACAUGCAAACUGUGUAUGGGAAUAUGGAUGGAAUGACGUUGAAUGAUCAAAGGGUAGGGUAUACGGAUUAUCCGUUUGCAGAGUAUCCCAACGAGGCUUAAAGUUUAAAGCUUAGAUGGUUCGAAGAAUAAACACUUGUCUGCCAGUCUGAAAGUCUCUCCACGCAACGUCGCUCAUCAGCUAGUUGCUACGUUUUAGUGGCUGAUAAUGAGGAGUAAAGAUUUUCGGGACCCGAGUUUCAGUUGUUGCUGCAGUUCGAGUACACCAGCAUUUGGUGCUGAGACAGCUAUGAAAUACGAGAGUUCUAUGGUUUCCUGAAGCCUCGGGAACAAGGUCAGAGCAAGUCAAAACAAGAUGAGGA